AUGGACCGCAACCACGGCGCAGACGAUGGGGCCAUCCGCCGCCCAGGGUUGGGGCGCGUCAUCGGAUUGCUCAGAGAACGCAGAGGCGCCUCCCGAGGGCCAACCUGCGAUCUGUCUCCAACCGACGACCCCUACUACAUCCUCCCAGGAACCAGAGACCAUCAGCAAGGGUCAAGGCUCGUCGCGGCGGGGCCGCUCGUCUCAUGUGGGACAAAGCAGAGCGCAUAUCAAGGCUUGCCCAUGCCGCCUUUGGUGUCGUUCCAGCCGUACCACCCCGCGGUGGAGAGUCCAUCCCAGGCCGCUGUGCCGCCCGACAUACGAAUCCAACCGGGACCCAACACUGCUGCUGCUCCCGUGACACAACCCAUCAUCCAACGCCGCCCCAGUGGGCGUCUGAUCCUGGAUGUUUCCCGGAACAAGUUGAUUGGGAACACCGGUAGGGCACGUGGCGUUGUUGUGCCGCGAAAGCCUCUGCCGCAGACUGCGGUUCCGGUGCCAGUCAUGCAGAGCAGCACCGCAGAGAGCAAUGUAGCCGCAAAGGGAAGAGGAAGAGGAGGCAUCAAUGGGGAGGGGGAGGAGGAGCCGCAGCCAAUGGCCAUGGCACUCGCAACACGCCAUCACACCGCCCCUUGCAGCCAGCACCUAGGGUCACGCUGCCUAGUCAGCAGCAGCCAUGCGAGGUAUUCGUAG